AUGCAGUCCUUGCCACAACUGCUCAGGCAAACGCUGCGGCCAAGCCUCCACCUUCCCCGUACAACGCCACGGACCUUCCGCCCUGCAAUCUUCAACCCGGCUCCGCGGAGCUUCUCCGCCUGCCUACAAUGCCAGUUCCGCCCGCAGCCCGGCUCGUUCGCCGACUUCAAUGACCGAGAGCGUAUCUCUGCCGAUACAGAGAGGUUGAUCAGAGAGAAGGAGAAGGAACUGGCUGAUUUGGAGCUCGCUUCCCGUGACCCGGUGCCGAUUCCGGGUGUGGAGGCGGGUAGCUCUUUCGAUGGGGUCCCGCCAUUGCCUGAGCCCGAGACAGCACAAAACAAAAGCGAGGAGGGAAAGCCUGUUGUCGCAGAAGAUAGCUCUGCGUCUGCGUCCGGCACGAGCGGGGGUCUGCCUUCGUACCUGGAAAGCCGGCGGUCGAAAUGGUCAAAGCAGUUCGAUACAAUCAUGGACAAUCUGCAGUCCAAUGUGUUCGUGGCCGGCCAGCGACUGAACGAUUUGACCGGGUACUCGAGCAUUGAGGCUUUGAAAAAUGAUAUCCAGUUCCAAGAGGGCCGCCUCCGCACUGCGCGUGCACACGUCAAACAUGCUAAAGAGGAAUACACGGCCGCGAUUAACAGACGCUCGAUGUCGCAGCGGGAAGUUAAUGAGCUUCUCCAGCGCAAACACGCCUGGUCCUCCACUGACCUGGAACGAUUCACUCUUCUCUACCGGAAUGACCAUACGAAUGAAGUCGCCGAGACAGAGACCGCACAAGCUCUUUCUGCUUCGGAGCGGGAGGCUGAAGAGGCCGCUGCGCAGUUGAGUAAGAGUAUUCUGUCGCGGUACCACGAGGAACAGGUCUGGUCUGAUAAGAUCCGUCGGAUGUCUACGUGGGGAACAUGGGGCUUGAUGGGUGUCAAUGUUCUGCUGUUCCUUGUUUUCCAAAUUCUCGUUGAGCCGUGGCGGAGGAAGAGGCUUGUCAAGGGUUUUGAGGAUAAAGUUGUCGAGGCUUUGGAGAAGGAGAAGGUUUUGAACAGGGCUAUCUUUGCCGAGACUGCUGCUGCUGCGGUUGCGCUGCCUGAUGCUCUUCCUGAGGUUGUUGAUGCUACUUCUGAGGAAAGCCCUUCGGUGGUGAUUAGCCCAGCGCCUGUGGAACAGGAGGCUGCUGCUGGUGUUGUCAACACUGAUGCCCAGACGGCGCAGUCUCUGCAGACUCGUCUUUCGAACAUUAGCUCUUCGGCCCUGUCCCUUGAGUACUGGAGACUGGCGCUUCAGGAAUUUUUCAGUGACCGCAGCAUUGCUGUUUCCCAGCGUGAUCUCACCACCGUGGCGAUUCAGAGUGCUGCGGUUGGUGCGGCUGUGACUGGUCUCCUCUUUGCGCUGAUCAGACCUCAGUAA